GCCGCGGCCGCGCGCUCUACCGCUCUCCCGGCGCCAUGGCGGACCAGCCCGCUGAGCCGGCCCCGGCUCCCCCCGCCGCCCCGGCCCCCCCCGCCGCCCUGCCCCUGCCGGCCCCGCCGGGCGGCUCGCAGCGCCUCCUCUUCUCCCACGACUUGGUGUCGGGCCGCUACCGCGGCUCGGUGCGGUUCGGCCUGGUGCGGCUGAUCCACGGCGAGGACUCGGACUCCGAGGAGGAGGAGGGCGGCGGGGGACGCGGCGGCGGCGGCGGCGCCGCCAGCUCGGGAGGCUCCGAGUCGGGAGGCCCCGGGGCCGGCGGCGCGGAGGAUGGUCGCGCCAGCCCGCUGCGGCGGGGCUACGUGCGGGUGCAGUGGUACCCGGAGGGGAUCAAGCAACACGUCAAGGAGACCAAGCUGAAGCUUGAAGAUCGCUCUGUGGUCCCUCGAGAUGUGGUCAGACACAGGAGCUCCAGCGACAGCCAGUGUGGGACUGUAAUUGAUGUCAACAUAGAGUGUGCUGUGAAGCUGGUUGGAACCAACUGCAUCCUCUACCCUGUCAACAGCAAAGACCUGCAACAUAUCUGGCCCUUCAUGUAUGGUGACUACAUAGCCUAUGACUGCUGGCUGGGCAAGGUCUAUGAUUUGAAGAACCAGGUCAUCCUCAAGCUUUCCAAUGGAGCCAGGUGUUCUAUGAGCACAGAAGACGGAGCCAAGCUGUAUGACGUCUGUCCUCACGUCAGUGACUCGGGUCUCUUCUUUGAUGAUUCAUAUGGCUUUUAUCCUGGGCAAGUCCUCAUCGGGCCUUCAAAGGUCUUCUCCAGCGUGCAGUGGCUCUCAGGUGUGAAGCCUGUUCUGAGCACAAAGAGCAAGUUCAGAGUGGUGGUGGAAGAGGUCCAGGUGGUAGAACUAAAGGUUACUUGGAUCACUAAAAGCUUCUGUCCUGGAGGUACUGACAGUGUGAGCCCUCCUCCCUCGAUAAUCAGCCAGGAGAACCUGUCCAGGGUAAAGCGUCUGGGGUGCUUUGACCAUGCCCAAAGGCAGCUUGGAGAAAGAUGCCUCUAUGUGUUCCCAGACAAAGUGGAACCUGCAAAAAUCACCUGCGAAUGCCCCGAGAGGAACUGUGUCCUGGGCGAAGGAGCGGUUGCCAGAAAGGUGAGGCGGCUGCUGAAGAAGCAGAUAGUGAAGAUCAUGUCGUGUUCCACAGAGUCUCAGGGUACCACUGAAGCUGCUGACAAAGAGUCUACUGCAGCUGCUGACCAAAAAUCAGAAGAGCUUAAGCCUGCAGCAAAAUGUGAGCUGGAUGACUCUUCCAACAGUGCAUCAGGUCCUGGGGAGAGGAAGGAGGAGCAGCCUGAAGAAACAGGGAAGGAGAAAGGGGGAACAGCAGCACGGCAGCAGCAGCAACCUCCCUUUCUGCUCAAAGAUGAAGGGUCGUCUGACUACCAGCUUCAGUCCAUGGAGCAAGAUGCUGAUGAUGAGGCAGCUGAUGACACCGAUGACACUAGCUCUGUCACCUCUUCUGCUAGCUCCACUGCCUCAUCCCAGAGCGGCAGCGGCACCAGCCGCAAGAAAAGCAUCCCUCUGUCCAUCAAGAACUUGAAGCGGAAGCACAAGAAGAAGAAGACCAAGAUUUCACGAGAGUUUAAGCCUGGAGACAGGGUUGCUGUAGAGGUGGUGACCACGAUGACUUCAGCUGACGUGAUGUGGCAGGAUGGCACCGUGGAGACAAACAUUCGCUCCAACGAGCUGAUUCCAGUCCAUCAUCUGGACAACAACGAGUUCUGCCCUGGGGAUUUUGUGGUGGACAAAAGAGCCCAGAGCUCCCAGGACCCCGGGUUGUACGGAGUCGUGCAGUCUGGUGACCACAUUGGCCGUACCUGCGUGGUGAAAUGGUUCAAGUUGAAACCCACCGGAGAUGAUGUGGAGCUGAUCGGGGAGGAGGAGGAUGUGAGCGUGUACGAUAUUGCUGAUCAUCCAGACUUUCGCUUCCGCACUACUGACAUCGUCAUUCGCAUUGGCAAUUCGGAUGGGGCCACAGCUAAGGAAGAUGAGCCCUCAGUGGGACAGGUGGCUCGCGUGGAUGUCAGCAGUAAAGUGGAAGUGGUGUGGGCUGACAACUCCAAGACCAUCAUUCUGCCUCAGCACUUAUACAACAUAGAAUCAGAAAUUGAGGAGUCAGACUACGAUUCUGUUGACGGCAGCACCAGCGGGGCAUCCUCUGAGUGGGAGGAUGAAAGCGACAGCUGGGAGACAGACAAUGGCCUCAUGGAAGACGACCACCCAAAAAUUGAGGAGUUAGAGCCUGAGGAGCCGGCAGCAGAGGAGGUGAAAAAAGUGGAGGAACAAGUACAGGGAGCUGUGGCUAUGGCAGUUGCGGAUCUUGCUGCAGAGAAAGCUGGCAAGGACGGAGCCCCAAAGAGCUUCCGGGAGCUAAAGGAGGCCAUCAAGAUCUUGGAAAGCCUGAAAAACAUGACUGUGGAGCAGCUGCUGACUGGCUCUCCCACCUCCCCAACUGUGGAGCUGGAAAAACCCACUCGGGAGAAGAAGUUCUUGGACGAUAUUAAAAAACUGCAGGAAAAUCUAAAGAAGACUUUGGAUAAUGUGGCUAUUGCAGAGGAGGAAAAGAUGGAAGCCAUGGUGGAGACAGAGAAGAAAGAAGAAAAAGCAGAAGCACAGACACCCGUGAGGUCAGAGUGGCCCAGUGAGACACCAGUGCUCUGCCAGCAGAGUGGAGGCAAACCUGGCGUCACCUUCACCAGUGCCAAGGGAGAAGUCUUCUCUGUGUUGGAGUAUGCCCCAGACAGCCAUGCCUUCAAGAAAAUGGAAUUCCAGCCUCCAGAAGCAAAGAAGUUCUUUAGCACUGUGCGGAAAGAGAUGGCUCUCCUGGCCACCUCCCUGCCCGAUGGCAUCAUGGUUAAAACCUUUGAGGAUCGAAUGGACCUCUUCUCAGCACUUAUAAAAGGCCCCACACGCACACCCUAUGAAGAUGGCCUCUUCCUCUUCGAUAUCCAGCUUCCCAACAUCUACCCCGCUGUCCCACCUCUCUUCCGCUACCUCUCCCAGUGCAGCGGGAGACUGAAUCCCAACCUGUACGACAAUGGCAAAGUGUGUGUCAGCCUCCUGGGGACAUGGAUAGGCAAGGGGACAGAAAGGUGGACCAGUAAAUCCAGCCUCCUGCAAGUACUCAUCUCCAUCCAAGGUCUCAUCCUAGUGAACGAGCCCUACUACAACGAGGCAGGCUUUGACAGCGACCGGGGGCUCCAGGAGGGCUAUGAGAACAGUCGCUGCUACAACGAGAUGACGCUGAUCCGCGUGGUGCAGUCCAUGAUGCAGCUGCUCCGCAGGCCGGUCGAAGUCUUUGAGCACGAAAUCCGUGAGCAUUUUCGCUGCAACGGCUGGCGCCUGGUGUCACGCAUCGAGUCCUGGCUGGAGACAAACGAGCUGGUAGAGCGGAGCCACGAACAGGCCAACGGGGCAGAUUCCGCCUCCCUCCUGUCUGUCUGCAGCACCCUGGCCGAGAGCCCCGGAGACAAUGCGGGAUCGCUGGGGGAGGACGGCAGCAGCCUGGAGCAGGGGGCGGCCGCCGAGCUUUCCGACUCAGCGCUGGACGGGAAGGAGGAGCUGGACGAGUCGGAGUUCACAACCUCGAUGCUCAGCGCUGCUGAUCUCCAACAGUACUCAGACUCGGAGAGCACAGGCCAAGCCAGGGGGAUAGACCUGGCCAGAGACCGAACGGACGAGGGGAAGGCUGCCCAGGACUUUGCCUCGCAGCCUAGUGUGAAACCAAAGAAACGGAGAAAGAGCUACAGGAGUUUCCUUCCGGAGAAGAGUGGUUACCCUGAUAUUGGGUUCCCCCUCUUCCCUUUGUCCAAGGGGUUCAUUAAAAGCAUCCGCGGUGUCUUGCAGCAGUACCGGGCUGCCUUAGCAGGAGCCAACAUCCCAGAGUGGACAGAAGACAAAUAAACCAUCAGGUUAGGGACAGGCAGGUGCAGAGGAGAAAGGAAAGCAGCAGAAAACAAAUCAGCAACCACUGUUACCAGUAAACUGACUUCUCCUUCCAGCUUUUCUUCCUCAGCAUGGUUUGUUCCAAAGAAGGUGAUAGGCCUGAUUGCUCCUCUGAGGAAAGGUUGUCUAAGCAUGAAUAACUCUUUGCCCCCAGCCCUUCUUCCUCUCCCCUGUCCCAUGUACAUGCUCCUCUUGCGAGUUUGACCCUGCAAUGGUAAGAUUUGAGACCUGCACAGAAGCAGUCUUGCAGCCACGUUCCCUCUGCACUUUCAUCUUGGGGCACCUUUUCACACAAGGACUCUUCCCAACCCAGCAGUUGGUUCUGGUGGGGCUCAAGCCAGGAGAAGCGAUUGCUGUAGUUCUGGAAGUGAAGGGCAGUGCCCUCCCGGUCUUUCAUUUUUCUCUGCAUUACCAUGGGUUUUAUGAAGUCUGCCCCAGCUUAUAUGUACUUAGACAUUGGAUUGUGUUUGCAUUGAAGCUGACGACACCGUACGGAGUUGCUCUGGUCUUGGUUGUUCACAGACAGCUACAAAGUUCUUCUGGUCAGGACUUGGUAGGCAGAACCAGAGCUCUGCAGUAGUGCUCGGUCUGCCCUGUUCGUGCUGUGGGCUUUCCAUCCACUUCUGCAACUUUUAGUCAGUUUUCUGGAAGCAAUUCUAGCCAUCCACACUUCUUUUUCUCCAGAGUAAGGCAAACUUCCCUUUCCCUACCAUGCAUGCCUGUCUUCUAGAAACACCCAGGAUGCAGGGUUCUGCCUGUGUGACUUGCUGAGGUAUCCACGUCUUUCACUCCAGCCUUCCCGGCUGUCUCUCAGCACUACACCCACCCUGGACCUCGUCCUCACCUGGCCAGGCAGCACCGGGUGAUCUUGGGGCAUAUUGUGGAUCCACCAGCUAGGCUGGCUGGGGAACCUGGCACGGCAGUUGUUUCUCCAUCAUCACUCAGUGGUAGGUGGGUAUUUCUGAGCUGUUUCAGCCAGGCUCACCCAAGGGAACGGAGCUGUUGUGUCAUGAUGAGGUCCUGUUGUGACCGUUCCUGUGCUGUUCCUCAGCGCAUCAGCCCCUGGUGCGAACUGUUAUCAAUCCCUUCCCUUGCCAGCUGUUUCCUGUGGUGGCCUGGGUCCCCUGUGGGCACAGCACAUACUGUCCCUAAUCCUAACCGUGCUGGGAAACGGCUGGUGGGAUCAGCCCAAGCUUCAGCAGCAGAGCUGCCUGAGCUGGUGACCGUGAGCACUUUGAAGCCGGCACUUGCCAGAGUCUCCUGGUCAAGACACCUUCCCAAAGCCUCUUUUUCUGUCUGCACGCACUUAAUUUGACUUCUGGAGGUGGGAGAUCACCCUCCAGCACUGUUGUAUUUGCCCAGUGUUUAGGCAUUAGAGAAGCAGCCGCUUGGCAUCUGUGUGGAACACAGUCUGUCAGGGAGUGUCUGUUGGUCCUUCCAGGCUUCCCAGGACAGAGUCAGGCUGAGCACUUGGCUCUGCCAGAACUGAGGGUGAAGACAACUCUCUGUUGCUCUUGCUCAGUAGGGUUGUGUCCCUUCCCCACACCCAGGCCAGCAUCUUCUCAUUUUGAAACAGAACAGCAGGUGAAUCUCAGCACGUUUGCACAGCGCUUUCUGCUCUUUGAAACACCAAGAUCUGUCCCCCUGGCCCAAAUUCCCCCACCCGGCUCCCUGCACCUGAUGCUCCAAGCCAGGGGACUGGCUGCAUAAAGCCCUUCUUGUGUCACCAUCCGCUGUCGGGAUUUUGGAAGGUGCUCUGGAGGUAGCAGGACUUGGCUGUGAACAGAGACCUGGGUCUGCGGAGCUCCCCAAGCUCUGCUCUGCAGGUGCAUCCCCUGCACAGCAGCUCUGGCAGACCCCGGGGGGUGCAGAGAGAUGCUUUGAGCUGCCCAUGUAACUCCCAGACACGUUCUGCCUGUGACUGGUGCUGCAUGAAUGAAUCCCUUUGAGCGAGAAGCGGGGGCGUCUCCAAAAUAUCAAGGGUCGGUUGGGGCAGAGAGGUGAGGCUGCAGCUCGGGGCAGGGGAAGGGCAGGCACAGAGGCUUCUUGCACAGAUGAUUAAACCUCUUACUCACCACAAAAAAUUGCAGUUGGUGACAUAUGGAUACAAAUGUCUCUGUCCCCUGUGUGGGGCUGUGGCUGUCCUUAGUCUGGACCUCCAGGGAGCGAGAAAAACCCUUCAGGGCUGAGCUUGGCUUGGGGUGGAGGAACAGAAGAGCUCUGGGGGUCCCAGCUUUGUCCCCCUGUGUUCUCUGCAGCUCUCAUCCCAUAGGAAGGUGGUUGCUGGGGGCUGGUCAUCCAGUCCUCCCCUUCGCCCAAGAAGUGUCUUUGUUCCCUCUGAUCCUCAUCAAGAGCUUUUGCACAGGUUCCCAGGGCUCCCUGUCUACCGAGGAGGUGUGAAUCUGCCUUCUGGAAGGGGACGCAGCCCCGGCAUCGCUCGCUCUCUGUAGCCGGCUGUCCCAAACCGAAGCGUGCACAGAGGUUUACAGAUUUUUUUUCUAAAGCUUUUGAUAAUGUGAAGCUCCUGGGUGAUGAGGUUGGUGGUGAGCACACUGCAGCUAUGUAAUUUUUUUGUGUAUGUAUGUAAUAUUUAAGGGUAACAAUUUAAAAGGCUAAAACCUUUAAAAAAAAAAAAUUAAAAACACACAAAAAAAGCCAAAGCAUGAUGCAUAUUGUUAGCCUUAAAACUGGCUACAUGACUGUGUGAUGUACAAAUGAGAGCAGCCUGUAACUGUUUUAAGUGCUGGGGUUGGGGAAGAAGCAUUACAAAAUCAGUUUGUAGCCUUGAUUCUGUACAGUAUUUAAUGAAGAAAAAAACAGACCUGACUAUUAAGGCCGUGCUUAGGGGUGUGUCGUUCACGUGCAGAUGUGGAUGCUUGGUUGCUUAUGAUAUAUGUAUAAAGUGCUGUGUGACCAUUAAAACUUUUUUUACCUGCAGAAUUUUUUUUUUUGUUGGUUUGGCUAACCAAGGUGUAAUAAAGGAGGGAAGAUGACUUGCCAUUAAAUUUUGCCUCUGUGAGUA